AUUAGGCCUGUGGCCUAGGGAAGCCCAGGCUCGUACCAGCAGCUUAGGUCCUCAGAGAGAAAAGUGGGGAGAGCGACACUCACCCUCAGAACAUUCCAGAAGAGGGACUGAGGUUGCAAGGGGGAACAAAAAUUUGGCUGCUGGUGUCUUGAACUUGGCUUCUGGGUACAGUUCUUCCCCACACUGGGAGAUGUCCUCCCUACCUGGGUCCCGGGAGCCCCUGCUCCGUGUGGCUGUGACUGGAGGCACCCACGGGAAUGAGAUGUGUGGUGUCUACCUGGCCCGGUACUGGCUACAGAACCCAGGGGAGCUGCAGAGACCCAGCUUCUCAGCCAUGCCGGUUCUGGCCAACCCAGCAGCCACAGCUGCCUGUUGCCGUUACCUGGACCGUGAUCUCAACCGCUCCUGCACCCUCACCUUCCUUGGUUCCACCGCUACCCCUGAUGACCCCUAUGAAGUGAAAAGAGCCCGAGAGUUGAACCAGCUGCUGGGUCCCAAGGGCACAGGCCAGGCUUUUGACUUUACCCUAGACCUGCACAACACCACAGCAAACACUGGAGUCUGCCUCAUCUCUGAAUCCAACAUCUCCUUCAACUUGCACCUGUGCCACUACCUACAGCGGCAGAACCCGGGGAUGCCCUGCCGCCUCUUUCUGUAUGAGCCAGCUGGGACGGAGACCUUCAGCGUGGAAUCUAUAUCCAAGAAUGGAAUCUGUCUGGAGAUGGGCCCACAGCCUCAGGGCGUGCUGCGGGCCGACCUGUUCUCCCGGAUGCGAGCUCUGGUGGCAUCCAUUCUGGACUUCAUCGAGCUCUUCAACCAAGGCAUGGACUUACCCGCCUUUGAGAUGGAUAUCUACAGGAACUUGGGCAGUGUGGACUUCCCACGCACUGCAGAUGGUGACCUGGCUGGCACUGUGCACCCUCAACUGCAGGACCAUGACUUUGAGCCACUGAGGCCUGGUGAACCCAUCUUCAAGCUUUUCAGCGGAGAAGACGUACUGUAUGAGGGGGACUCCAUUGUGUACCCUGUGUUCAUUAAUGAGGCUGCCUAUUAUGAGAAGCACGUGGCAUUCCUGAAGUCUGAGAAGAUCAGGGUCACAGUGCCUGCCCUGCUGAGGUUGACCCCCCGCUCCACCCAGACUCCCUAACCCAAAUCAUACCUGGCCUGAUCUCAGUUUUCCUAUCUGAACAAUGGGUCCCAAGCCCAGGGUCCCCUAUCUCACUCUGGACACCAUAUCCCUUUCCAGACAACUGAUCUCAUUAUAUAAAAUAGACUGUGCCCCAAAA